UAUGCGACUCCACUAUGACUUGCGGCAUCAAACCUACAUUUGGAAACUAUCCAAAUCUCUUCUUGCAACAUACGCUGUAGACGAGAAUAGGCACAUACUGCUGUGCUGGACUGCAGUAUUUCUAGCAAUAAUAAAAUUGUUGACAUUUUGUCACUAAGAUAAUAAAAUUGUUUCUCGAUUAUAGCGCUGAACAGUAGUACGUAGACAGAAAUGGAAUAUCGCUGUGUAUAAUUGCGCAGUGAUGUAA